GCACUCGCAGUUCGCAGUCAUUCAAUAAACUUCAAGCCUAGUGGACAUUCGAAAGUUAUAAGUUCUUUUUUCUCCAUAUUACCAAUAAGUGUGACAGUGAUACAUACCUACCAUUAUUUCUGCUGCGUUCAAUAACCUUUUUAUUAUUAGCCAGAACGGCAUUUUUACAGCUGUAAACGUAAGCUGUUUCAUCCGGAUCGUGAUCUAAGCACGGAAUUCAUCUUCGGGAGGGGAAACGCAGGGCCCAACUGCUUCCUCUCGGAACAAGUAGGCGGAUUUUCUGGAAAUUUUGACAGCAAGGAGCGAAAGUUCAACAAAAAUAACAUCAGCAGCUUCAACUGUACAUACACUUGUGCAUAGGAGCAAAUAUAAAACCGAAAUGAUGGCUGAGUCAGACAACACGGCGGAAGCGACCAGGCGGCUCAAUGUUAAGAAACAAACCCUGGACGAUGCGUAUGCCAUCCCGGCCAAUUUCCUCGAAAUUGACGUGGUAAAUCCGAUGACGACGCUUACGGCCGGCAAGAAGCGCUACACAGACUACGAGGUCCGGAUGAGGACCAACCUGCCCGUGUUUAAGGUGAAGGAAUCCAGUGUCCGAAGACGGUACAGCGACUUUGAAUGGUUGCGAAAUGAACUCGAACGGGACAGCAAGAUCGUUGUACCACCACUACCGGGAAAGGCCUGGAAACGUCAAAUGCCGUUCCGUGGCGACGAUGGCAUCUUUGACGAGAACUUUAUCGAAGAGCGACGAAAAGGUUUGGAGCAAUUUGUGAACAAGAUUGCCGGGCACCCGUUGGCUCAGAAUGAACGCUGUCUGCAUAUGUUCCUGCAGGAGCCAACCAUCGACAAGAACUACGUCCCGGGCAAGAUACGGAACACGUAAAAGCAUGCAGUUACGGGACAGAGAACCACCUCCUCGCUGUUAUUUCGUUGUACGAAAGCGAAGGCAAGGAACAAGAGUCUUGUAGACAGUUUGCUAACUUCCCGGUGCGAACAAUUUUGGAGGAAUGGUUCAUAAAAUAGCAGUUAUGAACGAACUUUAUAUUUAGAGACAAAUAUUUCAACAACUACAAAACAAAACAACUACCCAAACUACAACUGAUUAUGUUAGACUUUCUUGUUACAAAAGAUCUUCGGUGUUAAGAAGUUCAUCGAAUCAAUCAGAAAAGUAUAUAUUGCAGACUAAUGUUAGGUUCAAAUUCGCGUAAUAUCAAACAAAAACACAUUACAUAAAACGUUCUGUCCUUUUGGUGGAUUUUGAUUACUUGUAUGUAUAUAUUUAAAGGAUAUCACUAUCAGCAACAUUUGGCUAAGCGUUACGAUUUUCUCUAGGAUCUUUCUUUAAGGAAAACGUAACUCUCUGCUUUAUCGACGUUCGAUUUUGAUCAAUUCUUGGACAUCUUUUUCGAAAUGCCAUUCUUAUAUAACCUGAAUUGUUUAAUUUUCAAACAGUUUGCAAUCACAAAUCACUGUUGAUGUAAAAAACUUAAAAAAAAAACAUAGAAUCUGAUCCUCCCACCCAAAUUAUCCCCAAUUCAAAUAAAACUUCGGAUAUUAGUAUGGUUAUUAUUUCUGUAGUUAGGUAACGUGAUGAUCAGCCGUUGGUUUUCCUUCUAUCUAUACAUAUUUGGAAAUACUGUAAUACAAAUAUGGAAGGUCGGUGGUCCUUUCAUCAGGAAAAACAUACGUGAAUUCCACAGUAUUCCUUCAUCAAUAACACUGCUGUUCGAUUUACGAAUUAUCAACUAUGCAUGCAGCAACAGAUGACAGAAAAAUUAAGGAAAAACGGAAUAAAAAUAAGUAACCUGUAUUUUUCUCGGUUUUAUAAUCCCAUCAGCAAAAAACCAGAACGAAACUAUACCACACGUGUGUAUGUGGGAAUUGGACAGAAAACGUGGAAUUUGCGAAAUAAAUCAUUUUUUUCCUUUCAAA